AUGGCGAACGAAACGCCCAAGCUGCUCUGGAACACGGAAAAUGUCAAAGACGUCGCCGAGUCGGUGGGCAUCGGGUCCAUGAGCGACGAGGCCCUCAAGGCCCUCACCCAGGACGUCGAGUAUCGCAUCGGCCAGGUCAUCAUCGAGGCCCUCCGCCUCAUGCGCGCCGCCCGCCGCACGACCAUGACGGUCAACGACGUGUCGCUGGCCCUCAAGGUCCUCGACGCCGAGCCUCUGUAUGGCUACGACUCCACGCGGCCGCUGCGCUACGGCGAGGCAAGCUUGGGCCCGGGACAGCCGCUGUUCUACAUUGAGGACGAGGAGGUGGAUUUCGAGAAACUCAUCAAUGCGCCGCUGCCCAAAGUGCCGCGCGACAUGAACUUUACCGCACACUGGCUCGCCAUUGAGGGCGUCCAACCUUCGAUUCCGCAAAACCCGACCUCGGCCGAGCUUCGACCGCAAGACCUGCUACCCAAGGGCCCAGGCGCUAAUCCCGCGCUGUCGGCCUUGGCUGGCAAUGAUACCGGCGCGGGUCAGCCCGCUGUUAAGCACAUUGUGAGCAAGGAGCUCAUCCUCUACUUCGACAAGAUUCAGGCUGCUAUACUCGAUGACAACCCCGACGAGGAGGUUGUACGACUGCGUCAGGCUGCGCUCGGGUCUGUCCGAGACGACCCGGGUCUGCAUCAGCUGGUUCCGUACUUUAUCAACUUCAUCAUGGACAGAGUCACACAUCAGCUUGACGACACAUUCACCCUGAAGCAGAUGAUGGAGCUGACGAAUGCGCUGAUUGAGAACAAGAGCUUGUUCCUGGACCCGUAUGCCAGCUCGCUCUCAGCACCUGUUCUUACGUGUCUCAUGGCGAGGAAACUGGGCACGGACGAGGGGCAAGAUGCCCUCAAGGAGCAGUACGAUCUUCGACAACUAGCGGCGUCGCUGCUCGGCCGCAUUGCUCGCAAAUACUCGGCCUCCAACUCGUUGCUGCGGCCAAAACUCACGCGGACCUGUCUCAAGUACUUCUUGGACCCCACGAAGCCCCCUGCCGUGCUCUAUGGUGCGAUCCACGGCCUGCUGGAGGCGGGAGGAAUGGAGGCGAUCCGGGUCCUGGUUCUGCGCAAUCUCAAGAGCUUCGACUCUGGGAUCCUCCAGCCCCUCAAAGAAAAAUCACAGGGCUCCAUCGAAUAUGAGAUGCUCGUGCAGGGAAUCGUACAGGCCGUCGCCUCUCUCGCGCAGAGGAAGGACACUGCGGAAGGCCCUGACACGCAGAUGAACGGAGUCAACGGUAACAUUUCUGCCUCGGAGCUCUCCGAUCUCAACGACUUCAUUGGCCCCAUUAUUGGCCAGAAGAUUGCCUCUUCUCGCAAUCAUUAUCUCAUCAAGACGAUCCUCGAUGCCCGGUUUUUGGAGUAA